AUGACAAAAAUUAAAGGGAAUCCAAAUUUCUUCGAAGUUUAUAUCAUCGAUAAAACAUAAAAUAAUUUUCAGAAAUAAUUUCCUUUAGAUUAUUUAUUAGUGAUAAAUAAUAAUAAUUAUUCAAUUUUUUUACUUUUAUUUUAAUUAAAUUUCCCAGCAAAAUCUUAUAUAAUUAAUUUUAAUUGUUUUUUCUCUUGGAUCUAUUUUGAUCAAUAUAUAACUAAAAUACUUAUAAUUUUAGAUAAAUAUAUUUUAUAUUUUCUUAAAGAAAUUUAUUUUUUAAUGGAUUUAUAUGAAGAAGAGCCAGAAUUCAUUCGCAAUGUAAAUUUAUUAAAAUCCCCACCAAACUUCUAAUAGGCAGAGAAUCAUAGCGUAAAUAAGUAUAUUUAAUUGAUAGAAAGCUCAAAUUAUUCAUAAAGAAGUUAUAAAUGAUUCAUAAAGAUGUUCUUGUUGUAACUUACAUAUUAAUUCAAUAAAAUAUCCUCUACUAACAGAUUUAAAUGAAUUUAUGGUGCAUGGUACAGCAUACAAAUUCUUUUUAUUCAUUAAAAUUAACUUUAUCCUUCUUAGCAUUGUUUUGUAAAUUUUGAUUAUAAUAAAUAGUAUUAUUGCUGGGAUUUACAAUUUGAUUUAGAAUUUUAAAGGAGAUUAAUGCAUAAAACAUGAAAUCUGUCAAUAAAAUCUAUAUAAUUUAUUGUCGAUCUUUAAUAGAUUAGAUUCUGAAUUUGAUGGUAUGUUAUAAUGAUAAGUUUUUAGACUACAUUUUGGAUACAUUAUAUUUCAUAUCCAUUUUGAUAUAAUUAGCCUUCAUUCGAUAUAUAUCAUGUUAUCAAAAUGUUAAUUAUAAUUUGGAUUAAGAAAUUGAUAGUGAAUUAACUAUAUCAGAAUGUUCAGUUUAGAUACAAGAUGUUAAUACUUAAUGGGACAAAACAACAAUAAUGGAUUAUCUUGUGAAUUAUCAAUCAAAAAAUAAUGAAAAAUUUAACAUUAUUGAUUGUUGCUUGAUUUAUAAUCAAGAACAUUUUGAAAAUUAAUUAAAAGUUAAAAUAAGGGAAAUAUUAAUUCAAAAUAAUGAUAUGUUGAAAUAUAAUUAUUAUUAUAAGCUCUUUGAAAAAUGUCAUUAAUAGAAUUGUAGAUCAAAUUUAUAUUUUGCAUAAUAGAGAAUAAUUUUUGAAAUUUAAUGGUGAAGUAUUAAUAACACUUUCUUAUGAAGUAAUAAUAAUAUUAUUUAUUUUUAAGAAGGAAGCUAUAAAUUUUAAAAAAGCAAUCGGAAUUGAUUAUAAAGUAGUUAAAUGUCCAAGGCCUACAGAUGUAAAUUGGAGUCCUAACUUUUAAGUCUAUAAUAUGAAAAGAUUUUGUAUCAAAUAUCUUAUUGGAUUUUGUGUCCUAAUAAUUGUUAUACCUAUAUAAUAGGCUAAAAGUGAAUAUAUUAUAAAAAAUCAUGGUAAAAGUGGAAAUUAAUUAUAUUUCAAUAUACUUUUGAGUUUAUCAAUUGGAGUUUUGUUAAUGGUGUUGAGAAAAAUAUAUUAUUACUUAAUGCUUUCUAAUUUCUAGGAUAUGAUGUAAAAAGUAAAUAACAAACGGAUCAAACCUACCUUAGAAUCGAUUCAAUAUAAUAUAAUACUCUUAUUUUAAUUCAUAGUAAGUCUUUCUGGUAUAAAAUUUGACGAGGAUGAUGUAGAGAAAAGAAAAACAAUGAUUUGGUGUUCUGGUGGGUUCAGUUAAGAUAUUAUUAAUAUCAUACUGAUUAAUGCCUUCUCAAUUAUUAUACUAAGUAUAAUAGAUGAUGUAUAAGUUUGGAAAUUCAUAAAAAUUAUUUAUUACAAAUAUUUUAAUAAGAAUUCUACUUUAACAUAAUUUGAAGCUAACUAAUUAAUGGCUAAAAAAAUGAAUUUCAAUCAAAAGAAGUUUGAUUUAAUUCUUUUGAUUGGAUUAUGCUCCUUUUGUGGUUAUAUGUAUCCCAUAUUUUAUCUUAUUACUCUCAUAACUUUAUUUAUUAUCUACUGGAUUAAUAAAUAUUAAGUUAUCAAUUAUGGAGUUGAAGAAGAAUUCAAAUUCGAAUUUUAUGGUUUUAAAUUUGAUAUAUUGAAUACCUUACUUUUUUAGUUGGUAUCAAUGAAAAUUAUUAAUAGUGUGUUAAAAAUUUCACCAUAUACUCAACCAUCACUCUAUAUCGUAAUUAUCAUUUUGUUCAUAUUAACUAUCCUUUUUAACUAUUACCCUAAUUGGCUUUUUUAAAAGUAAACCAGAUAUUAUUAAAAGAAUGAAGAUUUAAUAAAAAGCCUUUAAUAAUGAUUUAUACUCAAAAUGCAAUCCACUAAUUGAUGAAUCUCUUUUGCUUAACGAAUAGUAUGAAAAAUGGGAAUAAUAAUAUGUUGAAGGAUUGCAAUUAAAUAAGUCUUCAAGAUAAGCUAAAUUUUACAGUGCUCUCUAAUUGAAAUUGUUGAGAGAAUUUGAAAGAGAAUUUUAAUAGGUAUUGUAUAAUUAGAUUAAUAGAGUUCAAUUUAAAAAGUCUAAAUAUUGCCAGUUGGUUGA